AUGCGUUCCUCGACGAUACUUUCCGCUCUAAGCUUAACCCUCUUAUACUCCCUUCCCACACUCGCCCUCACCAGUGGAAAAGCAUGGGUCAACUUCUACAAAGAUUGCCCUAGCGAAUUCGUCGAGGUCGAAGAACUCACAUUCAUCGUCUCCUCCCUCAAACAGUCAACCGGAAACCGAGCACAAGCCUCAUCUUCGCCUAGCCCUGUGCACUCCAUCAAAGCAUCACCUUCAAGCUCGGCUUCCCACUUCCCUUCAUCAUCACCAGCAUUGGCGUCAGCAUCAGCGUCAGGCAUAAACCCACUCUCAACAUCCUCAACAUCGGUCCUUUCAAAGAAAUCACAAUUCCGCUCCGCCCUCGCAGCUCGCAGCACCGAAAGGACAACCACCCGCUCCCCGUCUGUCAACAUAACCCAAGGCCAAUGCCAAGCAGUCCCCAUCGUGACGGCGCGACACAUCGACUCCAGCUCUGUCUCCGUAGGCGCCGAACUAUCCACAAUCACACCCUUUCAAGAAUGCAACAUCACCGUGCACGAGGUACCCGGUUGUGUUGAUGAGCCGCUCCUCGUGGCGCCUGUGAAGAAUAGAGAAGCGGAGAGUUCCUGCACGCCGAGGAAUUUUGGCGCUUUUAAUGAUGUCUGGGUUCGACUGGAUUGUUCGGAAGUUGGGACUGGGUCGAAGAAGCCGGUUCGACGUGUUUUCUGA